CCCCCACCCCCACACAAACACACGCACGUUUAGCAGCAUAAUAAGCAUUUCUCUCAACACAAUAUACAGCAGUAAAUGUUAGUAAACGCAUCAACUUUACCUUUUAAGAUUAUAAGAGUGAACUGGUCGUGUCCGCCGCCACCGCCUCUUCCUCUUCCACAAGGAGAUCCUCCAACUUCAACAAGCUAGCGACGACUUUCCUCCCAUUUUACCCAGCGUCAUAUUUCAAAAUUCCGACCUCGCUGGCCCUCUCUGUACAGUUGGAAGGAAGGAGAGGUGGAAAUAAUAAUAAUAAUAACACAAGCCGAGUUCGUGCGUCGCUGACUGCGGGCUACUAUGGAGGAGUUCACCGUUCACUGAGGACAGUGGAAGAGACAGCAGCAGCAAGCAGGCGCUGUGAACGCCAGUGGUGGAGAGACCUUCGACUACAACAUGGAGAGGGAGAGAGAGCGCUAGAGAAGGUGGGGGAAGGGAAGUUGCUGCUGCUGAGUGACCUUAAACCUGAAUAUUGAACACAAAUAUAGAGACACGUAAUGUAUAAUACGGCUAGCUAAUUAAUUACGUCUGCCAUUUUGAACCUCUUGUAGCCCCCUCAGCGGCCAUGUUUGACUGUCUUUGUUGGUUGUGCUUUGAAACCAAACCACUCCACAAUGUAGCUCUCCCAAACAGACGCCAUAAAGAGAUUGUGAGGUUUGUAACAUUCAUUGCUUUAAAAUGUCGGCGUUUGUAUUUGUUUGGAGUGUUUCAACGUAAAGUAGCAGGGCUUCAUGCAAUACAGUCGAGCCAUUUUAGCAAGGCCUCAAGGCAGCUUCCCCUCCCCCCGCUCGUGGCUCUUUUUCGCCUGCCUGGUCAACCCGCUGCUUGAUGAAUUCUCCUUUCGCCUUGCCCAGUCAUUCACAUUUGGAAAUACUACCCACUGACCUCCUGUUUCCGGGAUCCAAGCUCAUUGAUGUCUAUUGAAGAGCUACACGCCGUCUUUUUAACAUUAAGUUUCCCGGCUCAUCGCCUUCCCUUCAGUCCUGCUCUACACGCGGAGGGAUUACAACCGCAGCCACCGACAGCAAGCGGAUCGGGGAACGGAGCACCGCCACGAUGUUCACCGGGAGGUUGAGGGCGUGCGCGGCCCUGUGCGCGUUGUGGAUUACGGCGUUGACGAGCACGCGGAGCGGCGUGUGCGCGAAGAGGCAAGAGGACUCGUUCUCCACCGCCAGUGUUUACCGAGCACGGUGCGCCUCUCGGUGCCUCAGCCUGCACAUCACCCGCAUCUCCGCCUUCUUCAAGCACUCGCAGAAUAACGGAUCCUUGGUGUGGUGCCAGAAUCACAAGCAGUGCUCCAAGUGCCUGGAGCCCUGCAAGGAAUCCUGGGACCUGAAGGAAAACCAGUGCCAGGAUUUAUGUGAGCCCCUGUUUCCCAAGAAGCAUUACGAGUGUCUCACCAGCUGCGAGUUUCUCAAGUCCAUCGAGGGCGUGAAGCAGGGCGACUGUCCCGCCCCGGAGAAGGCCAGUGGCUUUGCGGCGGCCUGCGUGGAGAGCUGCGAGGAGGACGGAGAAUGUUCGACCGUCAAGAAGUGCUGCUCCAACGGGUGUGGCCACACCUGCCAGCUCCCCAAGAACCUCUACAAAGGAGUCCCCCUGAAGCCCAGGAAAGAGCUGGUGUUUGCCGAGCUGCCCUCGGGUCACUUGGAGAUCCGCUGGUCCUCCAAGUUCAACAUAUCGGUGGAGCCUGUCCUCUACGUGGUGCAGCGGCGCUGGAACUUUGGCAUCCAUCCCAGCGAGGAUGACGCGACGGAGUGGAUGACCAUCGCACAGACUGCCGAGGAGCGCGUCCAACUGGCCGACAUCAGAGCCAGCAGAUGGUACCAGUUCAGAGUGGCGGCGGUCAACGUGCACGGGACCCGCGGCUUCACCGCGCCCAGCAAACACUUCCGCUCCGCUAGAGAUCCGUCCGCCCCUCCACGCCCCAGCAGUCUUCGUGUCACCAACGUGACGCAAGGAGAUGAAGGACUGGUGACAGUUCGUCUCAAUUGGACCUUGCCAGAGGAGCCCGACAUCCCCAUUCAUCACUACAAAGUGUUCUGGAGCUGGACCGUACCCACCAAGUCCACGGUUCCGUCCAAGAAGAGAAGGAGAAAGACCACCAAGGGGGCUCAGACGUGGGUGGAGCUGGAGGCCCUGCAAGCAAACGUCAGCUACACAGUGGAGCUCCAGGCUGUGACGUACUGGGGACAGGUGCGACUGAAGAGUUCCAAGGCCUUGCUGCAGUUCAGCACCUCCCAGAAUUCCGAAUCAGUAAAAUCGCCGCACAAGUCAAAGAAGGAGGAGAUACCCCCUUCUGGAGCGACCUUGGCAAAGGCUAAGCGACCUUCCGGCCCUCUGGAGGUGGGCACACCGUUCUACCUGGAUGGCCAGCUCCAAGUUCGUGUUUACUGGAAGAACCGUGGAGAGCCUGGCGUGAACCGUUACCACGUGCAAUGGAUGCCCGAGUACUGCAACCACAACGAGACACGAGGACCGGAGAAAUCCUCGACGCAGGAGAACUACAUCAACCUCCCGGGCCUGUUGUUCUCCUGCAAGUACAAAGUCACGGUUCACAUGCUCAAGUCCAAGAGACGCUCCAAGGAGGAGAGCACCACCUUCCUCACCCCGUCCUGCGCUACCAUCCGGAGCAAGACUCACAAACAUAUCCCCUGCCUCGGGGAGGGAGCUGCAGGACUUCCCAAAGUUUUGGCAAAGCCCGAAAACCUGACAGCUACGUUUUCCAUCAGUGGGGGAAAUAUCACUGGCAGCUUCCUGUGGCGUGUUUCCCGGGUGGCGCCCCAUCAGCGGAUUACAGGCUUUCAAGUUACCUGGGCUGAGAUCACCACGGAGAGUCGACAGAACAGCCUGCCCAACAGCAUCAUCUCCCAGUCCCAGAUCCUGCCUCCGGAUCAUAAUUUGCUGGUCGUGUCCAACCUGCGGCCGUCCACUUACUACAGACUGGAGGUACAAGUAAUAACAACUGGAGGGGAAGGUCCCGCAACUGUCAAGACCUUCCAGACUCCCAACAUAUUACCAGUCAGUCAGCACCGGCCCAGACUCCGACCGUACCAGUCUCCUCACCAGAAACCAUCAGUCGAGAGACACUGAGACGCAAUGCGAGGCAAAGUCAGUCAGUCAGUCGCUCUUUCCCUCCCACCUGUCAGAGACUAUCUGGAAAGAGUGUGGAACCGUGAACUGUCCCAGAACCGACCCCCCCCCCCCCCAUUCAAUUCCCUCCAUGAAAUAAAGGUCCUCUCCUUUCAAGAAGGCUUUUCCUCCAGAACCGCUCUGACUCACUCCGUCAGAAUUGUGUGUACAGUUGAUCUUUUUUGUUGUUUUAUUCUUUUACCACAAAGUCUACUGUUUUGCAUUUGUUAGUGGAAGAAAGACAGUUCCAAAAUCUAGCAACAUUGUAGGUUGAGAUGAUCGCAGAGCACAACAUGCAACAUAAGUCACUGAAAAAAACAGUAUGUUAAAAAAAAAAAAAAAAGGCAUUUUUUGAAGAAGGUAAACAUGAUCUAUUUAUUUUGACUGAUGUCACUGUUGUCUCAUAGUAUGUUGCAUGUAGUACAUUUGACAGGUUUGUGCUUCAUAUUGAGUGCUUGCAAUGGUUUUGCAUGACGACCAUUCUUGGCAUGAUAAAAUAAAUUGUCCUAUUUUUCUUGAUAUUUUAGCGAUAUUCCAUUAACAGAUUAACAAAGAACUAUACUGGGAAUACUAUGUAAUGUUUAUUAAUGAAAUUAUCUUUCUUGGCUGUAGAAAUGUUUGUGGUGGAACAGUCAGUGAAUGUCUAUAUUUAUUUAUGUGUGUAUUCCGGUUUGAUUUGAAUGUGUGUGGAUGUUGUGUGUGUUUUAGUCUCGCUUUUGUUGUUUUUGGGGAAGCAACGCAAAUCUUGUAAAGACACUUUGUAAAAAUGGAAUUGUAAAUACAGUCUCAUGUUACAUGUUAUUUUUCCAUGGUAUAAACUGUACAAACUCCGAAGUAAUAAAAUAAUCCUUAAUCAGA